AUGACGAAAGAGGACUACGACCAGAUAGACCCAAAGGAGAUGGAAUUGAUUGAUAUUAGGUGGUGUAUGGAAAAGGGUCAUUUUAAGCGGGAGUGCACAAAUCGGGAAGUCAACGAUAACAACUACAACCCGUUCGAAAGCGACUACUCCCAAAGAUCCAUCCAGCAUAAAAAUUCUCAGCAUCCGCCAUCUUCUUCCAGACCGAUACAAAUUGAAGACGGGUCUAACUCAAAAUAUAAAGCAUUGGUUGUAACUCAAGAAGAUGAGGGUUUUAACUGGAAUGACUUGAUUCCUAGAACUGAAAGUCUGGCGCUUAUGGCAGAGAUCAUAGAAUUUGACGAAUCGGGAAUUGUCGAAGAGAGUGUUGAUAUAUCAGAGAAGGAGAUGGAACUCAUAUAUGACUUGAGAGGACACAUGGAGCAACUCCACCAAGAGAUUAUGGAGCUACGAAAAUCAAUAAAGAGUUGUGUUAACAUGCAAGUCAAAAUGCAACAUUCCUUUAAGGAGAGUUGUGUUGCCGCUCAUCCAGUUCAAAAGAAAGAAAGAAAUACACCCGGUUUGGUAAAACAUAAUUGUUCUGUUUGUCAUGUCAUGCAAGUCGAUUCGCUUCUAUACAGAUGUGGACAUAUGUGCACUUGCUUCAAAUGUGCAGUGGAAAUGCAACACACUAGUGGUGAAUGCUCGGUUUGUGAAGCUCCAAUUGUGGACGUUGUGAAGGCAUUUGCACAUGAGAAUUAG